ACUCGUUGAAUCAGCGGCAGGAUGUUUCACGUGAUAUUGCUUGGAGUCGUGCUAGCAUGCGGCGGCCUGGCUACGUCAAUGACACCGUGCUUGCGAGUGGUUUCCGAGAAGAACCUACUACUUCAUUCACAGGGGCUGCUUCCUUUGGAUGACUGCUCAGCUCGCGAUCUCACGGCGUUUCCAGUGAUCUCACCUAGCGAAAGGCGAAGUGUAACACGUUUGCGGCUGGAAAAUAGCCAACUCUUCAUCGAUGAUACCAAUACCUUCCAGCACUUUAGCUCAUUGGAGUGGGUGAAUCUGUCAAGGAACAUCAUUCCCACUUUGAAUGACGGAUUGCUCGAUCCCAUAACGUACCUAAGAAACCUUGAUGUGUCCAACUGUUUGAUACGAACUAUUGCACCAAGUGCCUUUGCCAAGAAUACCCGUCUGUUAUACUUGGAUAUGAACUUCAACCAACUCGAUAUUCUACCCCAAAACGUGUUUGGAAGCCUACCUUUCCGUGCACACAUAGAUCUCCUAGGCAAUCCGCUUGUGACCGACUACAGACUCUGCUCGGCACUCUACAGCUAUAAGGCAUUUGUGUACCGUCUAGAGAGUGAUAUACAGCAGAAAUUCGGACAACCCGGUCUCGUUCACACUCCGGUCACGCUCCAAUGUGUUGGACGUUGCUAUAGCUGGAGACCGCCCUACCUGAAUAUUUGCCCUGACGCAUUCUGCAAGGGCAUUCUCGGCCAACACAGAUGCUACUCUAUAGAUGCAGAAAACUCCUUGACUGAAACAUGCAACGAGACUGGAAAUGUUCUCACCAUGGCGAGCAGCAAAGAGCAAACCUACUGGCAAGCGAGGGCAGCCUGCUCUAAACUAAACGGCACCUUACCAACCCAGUCCGACUUCCAGAACGGCUGCGUCAAUCGGCUGUUGACUAAAGUUCGCCAACAGUUUAGCCUCAACUACUUUCCCGUCGCGUGGCUGGGACAGACGCACGGAGGUCAACCUGGGGUCGGUAGCAAUGGGCAACCCUAUCCGCCGGCCACAUAUAACCUGUACUAUAUGUGCAGUAUCCCGAGGAAUCUUUGCGACUCUGCUAAAACACCGGAGAUGGGAAAUCCGGGAACUGCUGCACAACCUGAACCGAAUUUGUGUAAGCGGCAGUGCAACACUUGGAGCCCGUCCUACGACAAAGCAUGUCCAGAUGCUCUUUGCCAAGGAACUGUGGAAAGUCACCAAUGUCAGACGAUUAACUCCAAUCACUUUUUUACUGAAACAUGUCCCAUAACUGGGAGCCAUCUCACUAUGAUGAGCAGCAAUGAGAGCACAUUCUGGGAGGCAACGGCUUUCUGCACUAAUAUAAACGGUGCCUUACCAACCCGGUCGGACUUCCAGUCUGGCUGCGUACAGCAGCUGUUGGCCAAGAUCCGCCGGCAGCUAAACGUGGGUUACACUCCAGUCGUGUGGCUGGGACCGCUGGAUUCGUACGGAACCGCAUACGCCAGCGACCAGAACUCCUAUGCACCAGCAGGCCGGAGACUUUACAUCAUGUGCAGUAUACUGAGGCAGAAAACACCCACAACAGUAACUCCUGGACUACAUGCGACCCCAGCCUUAUUACCAUCCUCAGUGCCGUCAUCAUCUUCAUCUCCGACCACACCAUUACCACCAGCUCUGUCUUCGGUGUCGGCUGUACCCUCUUCAUUACUGCCUGCACCCGCUACAUCUCCAGCCGUACCCUCUUCAUUACUGCCUGCACCCGCUACAUCUCCAGCCGUACACUCUUCAUUACUGCCUGCACCCGCUACAUCUCCAGCCGUACCCUCUUCAUUACCGCCUGGACCCGCUACAUCUCCAGCCGUACCCUCUUCAUUACUGCCUGCACCCGCUACAUCUCCAGCCGUACCCUCUUCAUUACUGCCUGCACCCGCUACAUCUCCAGCCGUACCCUUUUCAUUACUGCCUGCACCCGCUACAUCUCCAGCCGUACCCUCUUCAUUACCGCCUGCACCCGCUACAUCUCCAGCCGUACCCUCUUCAUUACUGCAUGCACCCGCUACAUCUCCAGCCGUACCCUCUUCAUUACCGCCUGCACCCGCUACAUCUCCAGCGCCUUUGACAUCCGCCUCCUCAACCGUCACACCAUAUCUCCCUUUAUAUCUUCUGCUGUGUUCUAUUUCUCUUUUCAUUUUCUUCUCUUUUGAUAUUGUUCGUGUGUGAGUUUCAGUAUUUAUCUGUACUGUUGAGUUACCGAAGUUCAAAUAAAAGUAAGACAUGCUGAGACUGUAUAUCAUUUUUGUCCAGGAUAACUUUUAGCUUCCCCAACAACCAGUAGCCCACAAACUAAAAAACAUUCUCAUCAUAAUUUUCAUAUUCGCUUUCAUGUUAUUGGGUUCUAUGCCCGUUUG